AUGGCUGCCCAGGGGAAGAAGUCCAACGAAGAAACUUACUCGAAUUACUUUCAACGUGUUGCCUAUGUACACCAAGAUCUUCGUUGCGAGCUGUGCGGGUUCACCGCAGCUAACACGUCGAGAACUGGUAAGAACAGCCAUCCAGCCCCACUGUCCACGAUCCAUCGUGACAUCACCCGAAAUCCUUUCAGACCUCCACUGCGAUACCAAGGCACAUUCUCCGACCCCACUAUCUCCCCAAUCCACGUACCUGCUUCUUCGUCCAUUCCGAUAUCAAGCCACACUGCGGCGUCGAGCCAGUGA